CUGUGAAUAUCUUUUUGAGUGCGACACCGCCAUCUGAAAUAUGACUGUGCUCGCUCCCGUCAACGCCUCGUGAACGCGCGGGCCACAGAGAGAGUAGUAGCCAGAGCGAAGAGCGCAGGCACGAUAACGCUUUGUACCGAGCAGAAACUGCACCGACCGGUGCUAGACAAGCCAUUUGACCUUCAGCGAACCGGAGGGUUGAUCUCUACCAUUCAGACGUUUUCAACACACCACACCGGACUAGUAUCGGAUCGUUUUACCGCGUCUGCUCAUUUUCUUUUGUAAACACAUUUUUAUUUGUUAGCGAGAGGUGGCCACGUCCUUUAUUUUUCUGACCUCGCGGUUUGGAAAAACCUAACACAUUCUGAGUGGUUGCACCCAGGAAUGGAUACUGGAGUUGUCACUGAAAAGAAAAGGGUGAGCUCGGAGCGCAGGAAGGAGAAGUCCAGGGAUGCGGCGCGAUCUCGCAGGGGAAAGGAGUCCGAGGUGUUCUACGAGUUAGCACACCAGCUCCCCCUGCCACACAAUGUCACCUCCCACCUGGACAAAGCCUCCAUCAUGAGGCUGGCCAUCAGCUACCUGCGCAUGAGGAAGCUACUGAGCUCUGAUGAUGAAGAGAAGGAGAAUGAACUGGAGUGUCAGCUGAACAGCUUUUAUCUGAAGGCCCUGGAGGGUUUCCUUAUGGUCCUGUCUGAAGAUGGAGACAUGGUUUAUCUCUCUGAGAAUGUCAGCAAGAGCAUGGGCCUCACACAGUUUGAUCUGACUGGUCACAGCAUCUUUGAAUUUUCACACCCAUGUGACCACGAGGAGCUGAGAGAGAUGCUGGUCCAUAAGACAGGAUCCAACAAGACCAAGGAACAAAAUACAGAGCGCAGCUUCUUCCUGCGUAUGAAGUGCACACUCACUAGCAGAGGGCGGACUGUCAAUACCAAGUCUGCUACGUGGAAGGUUCUUCACUGUGCUGGUCAUGUCCGUGUGCAGGAGCGCGGCGAGGGUUCGGGAGACUCUGGCUUUAAAGAGCCUCCUCUGACCUACCUUGUGCUCAUCUGUGAGCCCAUUCCUCAUCCCUCGAACAUCGAGGUGCCUCUGGACAGCAAGACCUUUCUUAGCCGCCACACUCUGGACAUGAAGUUCUCGUACUGUGAUGAAAGGAUCACAGAGCUGAUGGGAUAUGAGCCGGAUGAUCUUCUGAACAGGUCUGUGUACGAAUACUAUCAUGCCCUGGAUUCAGAUCACCUCACCAAGACACAUCACAACUUUCCUCCAGAUUCUGACAUUCAGCUGCUGAAGGAGGUGCCCCUCUACAAUGAUGUCAUGCUGCCCUCCAGCAGCGAGAAGCUGCCCAUCAGUCUGUCUCCUCUGACACCCAUUGACUCCACCCCAGUUCUGAACAAACUAGAGACCGGAGCGGAGGUCUUCCCUUUCAGCUCUGCCUCAGACUCCACAAACACACCUUCCACAUCUGGACUGGGCUCCUCGGCGCCCAACAGCCCCAUGGAUUACUGUUUCCAAGUAGACUCAGACAUCAGUUCUGAAUUCAAACUGGACCUGGUUGAGAAACUGUUUGCUAUUGAUACCGAGGCAAAGACCCCUUUUAGCUCCCAGGCCAUGGAGGAUCUCGACCUAGAGAUGCUGGCUCCGUACAUCCCAAUGGAUGAUGACUUCCAGCUGCGUAUCCCCUCUCCGCUGGAUCCGCUCCCCUCUGGCCCUCACUCUGUGUCAGCCAUGAGCUCCCUGUUCCAGCCCUUACCCUCCCCUGCGUCUCCAGCCUCUUCCUCCAGCAGCGUAGUGAAGCAGGGGCCAUCAUCACGGGCCCCUUCACCCCUGCACCUGCUACAGGAGGUGUGCAGUGCCCCUGUCUCACCCUUCAGUGGCAGUCGGGAUGUUUCCCCUGCUCGGUCCCCCGCCCCACAGAGCAGCAAUCAGAUCAACAACAGAGAGCUGUCUCCAAAGAUGUUAGCCAUCCAGAAUGCCCAACGUAAGAGGAAGUUGGAGGAAGUGACAUCACUUUGUGAGGCUGUUGGACUGGGUGCUUUGCUUCAGAGUGUGGACAGUGCUGUAGAGCCUGGAAAGAGGGCAAAGGUUUUAGAGGUUAAAGGAUCGAGUGUGCUCGGAGGAAAUAAAACCAUUCUCAUACUGCCCUCUGAUGUGGCCAGUCGCCUGUUGUGCAGUUCUUUAGAGGGCAGCAGCGGGCUGCCUCAGCUAACGCGUUACGACUGCGAAGUCAACGCUCCCGUGCAGGACCGCCAUCAUCUGCUGCAGGGAGAAGAGCUCCUGCGUGCUCUGGACCAAGUCAACUGAGCUUUGCUGUGUUUAGCAAUUCCGGACACUGCAUCCCCCUCUCUGCCCACUCCCCCCUGGAUCCCUGAAAUCAGCCUCCACUUUUUCUCUUUUUAUUCCAAGCCCUAAUAUCAAGCCCUCUAUAAACCCCAGUGUUUUACAAAUGUACUAGAUGACCUGCAACUUCCAUUGAUCCUGCCAGUGAUGCGAAGAGGAGCCCAGAGGGAGUCCAUCCAUCCCAGUGUGUAGAGGGCCUGGAGACAGAGGAGUGUAAUAUAACUUAACAGUGGCAGCAACCAGAUGAGAGUUUAGAGCCUUAAUGUUAAAUGCACACUGACGCACAGAUGCUGAUACGUACAAUCUCCCACACUCCCUCUGGAUUCCCUAGUUUCACCUAAAAAGAAAAACCCCGUUGUGUUUUAUCCACUUUCCCAAAGCGUGUGUAUUGUAGCUACAGUCGCACAAUCUAUUUUCUUAAGAUAAAAUACCAAUAGUCCAUGCAAUAUAUGAAACCAUUUUUAUGAAUAUGUACUUUUAAUGAAAGAUUGAACAAUUUAUUUUUUCUCUCUUCAGAGUUUUGUUGUGUAGCGGUUAAGUGAGAGUUCUGUGUGUGUGCACUCAUAGGCUCAAUGGUUAAACGCUGUUGGAUGUUUGUGAGUGUUGCUUUCAUUGCGUUGGUAUUUGCUUACAUCACUUUAAGUUUUCUCUUGAACAGUACAGAUGAAUUGCAAAAGAGCCAUUUAAAGUAAUGAUAGAGAAUGUGCAAAAAAGGGAAUUAAUAAUCAUGUUGUGGUGUUCUCAUGAUGGUUUUUGUCUCAAAGAGGUUCAAACAGAUUUAUAGUUUAAUUAUGCAAUAGAUUUGUAUAUUUUUAGGGGUCAUUUUUUCUGUUUAGUUCUCGACGUGGUAGAUGUUUAAGGUAAUUCAUGCUUGUGAGAUGUCAUGGCUGGUAACCAUUUUUUUUCUGCUUCAUGAGCUGUUUUAGAUCAUACAAAGCUGAUAUAUCAUUUAUCCCAGUUUUACAGGUAUUUAUAAUGGCAUUGGAACAUGAAUGCUUAGUUAAGUAAGACAAUAUUUGUUUUCAUUAUGCUUUCAGAUGAAUGUCAGCCUGUUGACAACGUCCUGCAAGUAUUUUAUGACCUUUUAUCUUG